CGCCAAAUAGUUGCUACCGGUGCAGAUGUAAAUAAUGGCAUUGGUUCUCUGAUCAGAUCAGGGGAAAUUACUGUAGUGUACAAAAGUUUUUUCAUGCAAGCUGAAAUCUAGAAAAAAGCUUGCAAUGAGUACCGAAGGUCUUGACAUAGGAAUGGAGAACAUCAGUGGUGAAAUGGACCAUGAAGAAAUCAAUUUUGACAUUGAGUCACCCAGAAGUGGACCUCUGGAUUUGCUGAAUCUUCUACAGAAUAAUUCUUCAAUACGAGACAUUGGUUUAACAGAACCUUCAGAUGCAAUGGCAGAGUCAUUGAAUCAGGGUGACAAUGAGACUUUUAAAAUCUAUGAUUCAAUAAAUGGCACUAUUAAAGAAAAUGACAAAAUAUGUGAUGCCAAUCCUGAUGACAUUCUUCAAACUCAGGAUGAUAUACAUGUAUAUAAAGCAGUAUUAGGCAUAGAUGACAUAAGCAGUCACAAUUUGGAAGAAGGUCCAUACGAGGCCAUGAUACCACCCCCGUUGGAUUUUAGUACAAAUGUAAAUGAAAGUGCACAUACUUCAAAUGAUCUAUACGUCAGACAAUCUAAAGAAUUUUCCGAUUUGCAACAAGUGAAGUCCAAAAGCAUAGUCACUCAAGAGAAGCUUGUUUUAGACAUGGUCAUAAGCAAGACCAGUGCUACUGUGACAUCAGAUUCUACUUGUACGCGUAGUUUGGAGAUAUCCAGCAAGACCUCUGUAGUGGCUGGAGAGGUCAGUCUGGACAGCAUCAUAGUCUCACAGGACUCAGACUCUGAAUUUGACUUUGAGCUGCCACCCACCCCUGUGGCGUCAGGCAGAUUACUGUCGCUACAUGGUGUCCCACAACAACAUGCUGCAUGCUCCAUAACCAGCUCAAGUGUUCAGGCUCAGAAAUCUAGUGUCGCAACAGCACCACGUGUUGAACAUGUUCAGAUGGACAGAACUCUUGCACAGGCAAAUACAUCAGUUGUGUCCCUUGCUCUGCAAGGCACAGCAAAUAAGCCAGUUGCUGUUAUCAAACCUACAUCACAAACACCUCCUAAACAGAAGUUUACAAUGAUACAGUCUGCAGUUUCCGUGACUAUGGAUACAGCCUACCCACAACAUGAUAGCAACCUUGAGGCUGCCCAGGAUGAAUGGGACAGAGUAAACACUGUGCAGGCUGGGUUCCAGGAUUCAAACACCCGUGGGAGAGGUGCCGAGCCACCAGUGGUAGAAACCUUGAAGCCCAUCUCGAUGUUUGAGUUGACAGAGUCAUUGAAAACAGAGGACUUUUCCAAGGUCAAGGCUUCAAUCAAGUGUUCAGUAGAAAAGAAGGGACUGGCAGCCUUUGUCAACUUCCUGUUUGGACCACCCAAAUUACACAGAGAUCUGAUGGAGGAGCGAGAAAGAGUUUUCUGUGUUGCCGCCUCUCAGCUAAGCAAUGAGAAUAGUCUUCACAUGCGAACGCUGCAGACGAUAUUCAGAUCCUUGACUGGCUCAAAGUUUGACUGUCCAAGACUUGGUAGCCAUUGGGAAGAAAUUGGUUUCCAAGGCAAUGACCCCGCUACAGACUUACGAGGGGCAGGUGUGUUAGGUCUGCUGAACCUCCUGUUCCUUCUGAAAGACCCCAAAACAGCGUCUCUUGCAAGCGAUAUCUACAGGCUCUCCCUUCAUCCAACACAGAAUUUCCCCUUCUGCGUUAUGGGUAUCAACUUGUCUAGAAUUACACUCCAGACAUUGAGGGAGGACUUACUGAAUAGAGAGUGCAAUAGAAGGGGGGAAGUGAUGGCGGUGGUGAAUGAGUUCUAUGCUGGCCUUUAUUUGCAACUCUAUCAGGUGUGGAAGUGUCAGGGCAAGACUAUAUCAGACUCAGGCUAUGUCAUCAAAGACAUUGAAACUCGAGCGAAAAAGAGCCCAAGAGAUGUACUGAAGCAUUUGGAAGAUUUCUUGAACAAAAAGACACAUGCAAACGUUGUGGUGGAUAAACAUGACAAGUUCCAGUCGAGUGGGAAUGAUAACUUUGUAAACAUAUGUGACGAUAAGUAAUUAUUCCAACAUUAAAAUUGUUUAACUAUUUUUUUAUUACUCAUUUUUAUUGUUAAACAAAAAAAGACGCAUCUCGAGUCAAAAAAUGGUCCAAUCCUAAAAACCUGUAAAUAUUUGCUAUUGAAAAAAAGUUUUUGGAUUGAUAAACAACAUUAACUCUUCUAACUGAAUUCUUAAAUAUGAUUGUUAUAGAUAUUGUAUAUGAUUGUUAUAGAUAUUGUAUAUGAUUGCUAUAGAUAUUGUAUAUGAUUGUUAUAGAUAUUGUAUAUGAUUGUUAUAGAUAUUGUAUAUGAUUGUUAUAGAUAUUGUAUAUGAUUGUUAUAGAUAUUGUAUAUGAUUGCUAUAGAUAUUGUAUAUGAUUGCUAUAGAUAUUGUAUAUGAUUGCUAUAGAUAUUGUAUAUGAUUGUUAUAGAUAUUGUAUAUGAUUGCUAUAGAUAUUGUAUAUGAUUGUUAUAGAUAUUGUAUAUGAUUGUUAUAGAUAUUGUAUAUGAUUGUUAUAGAUAUUGUAUAUGAUUGUUAUAGAUAUUGUAUAUGAUUGUUAUAGAUAUUGUAUAUGAUUGUUAUAGAUAUUGUAUAUGAUUGCUAUAGAUAUUGUAUAUGAUUGUUAUAGAUAUUGUAUAUGAUUGUUAUAGAUAUUGUAUAUGAUUGUUAUAGAUAUUGUUUAUGAUUGCUAUAGAUAUUGUAUAUCGGUAUAUUGUGCUCAGAUUAAGAUUCAGCUAUGUGUUGUGAUGUGUUUCUAAACAUUACUUAUUUAACCCUUUGCAUGCUGGGAAAUUUGUCGUCUGCUAAAAUGUCGUCUGCUAAAUUUUUUAAAAUUAGUAUUUUCUUCCAUUUUUUUUCAAAGAAUACUAUAAGAAAAGCAAACAGUUCUGUGGCAUCUCAUCUAGAUCCAAACUGUUUGCAAAGGCCUUCAAAAUUCGGUUCCAGCACUGAAAGAGUUAACUGUCUAGGGCUGUACGCACAUAUAUGCAGUUAAUACAGAUAAAAGCAAUUCAAUCCUUAUAAACAAUAUCUUGAAUUCUAACUUGCCAAUACCAUUCAUGUAAUUUUAGCUUUCAUUUUUAGCAGCGUUUAUUUAAACAUAAUCUGAAAAUGGAUAGAGGGCCAUUUACCAUACAAGAAUGCUUUGUAUGUUUAGCUGCGGAUAAAAUGGUAGCAAUUUGCAUAACACUUAUUAAAUGUUAUUGAAAAACUGCCAUCAGACAUGGCAUUUAAACUGCAAAAAUGUAUAUUUUAUUUCCAUGUGUGUAUUACCUUUUUACUUGUGUGCCUUUUUCAAAGGCUCUUAGUGCAUUCAAUAUUUAUCCAUGUAAUGUGCAAAAUAUAAAUGUUGUAAGGUAAUUAUUUUGUGCACAUUUCAUUCUAAACGAUUGCAUCUUCAUUUAAUUAACUUAAAAUAUAUAUCCUUGUUAGUAUGUGUAUUGAUUAACUAUGACAUGUUAAUUAUUAGCUCUGUUCAGAAUGAGUUUAUGUUGCACAUUCAUUUCGAUAUUAUUGUAGUAUUCUUGUUUUGUCCAAUAUUUGUUAUAGAAAAGCAAAAUAUAAAAAAAUAGUAUUAUGAACGCUCACCGCAAGUAAUACAUCUUCUAAAUGAGUUUUUCUUUAAAUGAUCAUAUCGCACUGUAUGGAAGUCAUUGUGUUUAAGUUUCGUUUAAAAAAUCAGCUGUUGUAUGACUGAUUUCAAUUUAGUUUGGGUUGAGGUAUUUAGCUGUAGUUUUGUUUGUAGGUAGCAUAGGGUGGGGUUGCAUUUCAAGAGAUAUUCCUCUUCAUGUCUUUGUGGUCAUUUUUUUAAGGUGACUGACAGUAGAUGUACAUUGAGAAAGCUCUUUUACACUUUUUCAACGCUAGUUAUAUAAAAAUGUUAUGUUAAGUGUUAUUUUGGUUUAGGUAAACAAAAAAUGUUUACAAAUUAUACUUUUUUAUUGAAGAAUUUGUAUUUUCUUUUUUUAUGUAAGUGUAUGUGUCCUCAAACGGAAAUUAACAUGACAAACAAUCUUUCUCGUGACAUUUUAUAACGUUUCGAAUUAAGAUGUUGUUGUUGUUUUUUGUAUCUAAACCACCUUUGUAUGAUACAUUUACUACAUUUAUAAUAUGAAUUAAGUAUUUAUUUGAUAAAAUUGAUGAUCUCAUAUAAAUAAACUAAUUGAAAAUCUUCAUAUAGCCUCUUUAAUGUUUUGAUUAUUGUUUCGUUUAACAAAGUCUCGUAAUGGUAUUAUUCCAUUGCAAAAAAGUAUUUAUUGUUGUACGCUUAAUUUUUUAGUAGUGUCCGUCCAGUGAUGAUUUAUUUAAUUCUAUUAUUGUCUUAUCUCAUGUUUUACUUAUGCCUUAUGCAUUGAAAUAAAUAUAGAAAAUAC